GUUUCGCCAAAUGUUGUCAUCUUCCUCUCCGUUGUCCUCCACCUUUCUCUCUUUUAUGGCUUUAUCUGAACAAAAAGCUCACCGUUUACCAUCCUAACGACAAGGACGCACUGCCCUUUUGAACACUCACGUUCUUUUUCUCCAUAAAAGCUUCAAAAGCUUUUUCCAUCCUCUUCACUCCAAUCACUCUUUUACGGAAGAGCAUAAAUAAGUUUUUUUCGUUUUUUCAAAUAUAAACAUGGCGAAGAUAUUACCAAUUGGGUUUAGGAGGGUAGCAGCGGCGUUUGAUGAGGUGGCACGUGCAAGGCUGUGCCAGAGCAGUGGGAGCGAGCACUCGCCGGAGAGUUCAACUGAUUUAUCCGAUCUUGUGAAGUCUUUUCUUGAAAGAGACAGUACAGGUGGAGGAGAUGAAGAAGAAAACGAUAGAGACCAAACGGGAAUGGGGAAUUUUUGGUGUGAUUCUGAGAAGAUAGAGAUGAUCAAGGGGUUUUUUGGAGAUGAAAAUGAUUGUGAGAAACAAAGGAUCCUUGUAGAAACAGAAUUUGCAUGUAGACUUGCUGGGGAUUGGAAUUCUCAAAGCUUUAAACGUCGGCUGAUGACUCAUUUACGUGAUAGAGGAUUCGAUGCCGGUCUCUGCAAAUCUCGGUGGCAGAAAACUGGGCGGCACCCAGGUGGGAGUUACGAAUAUGUUGAUGUGAAUAUUAAUAAUGGAAGUGGUCGCUACAUUGUGGAAGUACAUCUAGCUGCACAAUUUGAAAUUGCUCGUCCCACAGAUGGUUACGUGUCCCUGCUUGAACUUUUCCCUCCAAUCUUCAUCGGUAAACCAGAACAACUCAAGCAGAUUGUGAGGCUGAUGUCUGCGGCUGUCAAAGAGUCGAUGAAAAGCCUGGACAUGCAUGUGCCACCAUGGCGGAGAAAUGGCUACAUGCAAUUGAAAUGGUUUGGCUCUUAUAAGAGGACGACCAAUGCAGCUUCAAUCACCGAAAAAUCAAAAGCUGAUGAGACUGCUAAAGUUGUAGCAAAUCGAGCCAUGGGAUUUGAGGCCUUGCAAGUGAGGCCAUACUUGUGCAGAGAUGAUUUUGCGAAAAGGGUUGGUUUAAAAGCUGGGCAGCUCACGGCUGCAUUCAAUGAACAAUGACAUGGGCAUCAAAAAGCUUUAGCGCCAUAUUAUUGGUGCCCUUAGAAGUAGUAAAUUUUUUCUUUUUUUUUUGCGAGUCAUUCAUAUAGUGAUAUUGUUUGUUCUUGUACAUCAACUCAAAUGAGUUUGAACUAAACAUUAUGUCUUCCAUAUGAAUUCAGCCAAUCUCAGCUAUCCACCCCUAACGCCAACAUUGAAGGGCAGCAAUUAUUGUUCAUUUAAAAAUUCUCUGUAAACAAAAAUUGUAAAUAUCAUAUUUUUCUUUAUGAUAUAUGGGGAGAUGAAAAGUCAUAUA